CGGCGAUUUCGUCUCCUUCUCUACCUGUUCUGUGUUUUGAUUCCUGCGCCCAACCUGUGGCUGACGGGUCAGUUCCGACGAACCGACCGCUUCCUUACGACAAGGCUGAACCAUCCAGCCCUAUAUCGGCUGCCCGUGUUGGUUGCAGCUGUGAUAGCGCCCCAACCGCACGUUCCUUCUCUGUCAACGCCCACUGCCCAACCCCGACGUCAACAUUGCUUGCCGCCGUCUGCCCCAACCCCCAAACGGUCUCGACGCGUUGAACAUACGCCGGGCGUCCCAUCUCCCCCGAUUGUCAUUUUCUGCCCAGCCGGCUCCGACUUGUUCGUUGACCAUUGGCCACAAUUCGCUCGAGUUGUCGUGUUUGGCCAGCCAUUUGCUACCCCAUCGCCAUCAUGCACAGAUCACGCAAAGCCCUGCCUGUCAAUUGGAAUUCAUCCGAUUUGAUGCAGUUUGCUUCCUCUGCCUCGCUGGCUUCCUCAACAAGCUCUAGUCUGGGCUGCUCGUCCCCGACCCUGAGCUCACCCACCCUCAGCGGACCCCUGGCGAGCGGCGGCAGCCUCAGCUACGGCGCUCCGGCCUCCCCAUCCUGCGAUGGCCGCCCCACCCGCAAGCGCUCCAAGUUCUUUGGUGACGUAACCAUCGACAGUUUUCAGGGCCUCGAGCGCCACCGUGCGCUCGAGACACACCGUCAGCUCAAAACCAUCAUUGUGGAGGGCACCGCCGAAGAGCUCGAGCGCUUGCUCGAACCGCUUGAUUUCAUUUGCAAGCCCGCCAUCAUCAAUCACCUUGAUGAGCUCGGGCGCACCCUCCUGCACCAUGCCUGCUGCAACGCCCUCUUGGGCCACGCCGAAGUUCUCUUGCGCCACGGUGCUGAUCAGAAUCUCGCCGACAAAGACUUGCAAAACACGCCUGCCCACUUUGCGGCUUGGAGCGGCAGCCUCAAGAUGCUUCAGUGCCUGCAGGCCCACAGUGAAGUGGAUCUGACCCGCCUGAACAAGGACAAGUGGACGCCUCUCCACUUUGCCGCAGCCUUUGGUGACGUGCUCAUGACCGAGUGGAUUUGGGGUGAAGCCCGGCAAGUCUUCGUGGCUCGCAAGUUUGACAUGGCCUCCAUGCGAGACACCCUUCUCAGCCGCUGCGAGCGUCAUGACGAUCGCUCCUAUCGUCGCAAAUUCGAGCGCAUCCUCUGGCCCCUCCUGAAACAGGCAACCUCAGACGCCAACUUGGCCGUCCGCGAUUGA